UAUGACAUCAUUUGAUUGUGAUAUUUGUGGUGCUACAUUUCAAUUUAAAUUCGAAAUAAUUGUCCAUUUGAAAAAUCAUCGAUCUAAUAUUAAAAAAGAUCAAGAGAAAAGCAAAGACCUCAAAUGCGAUGUUUGUAACAAAUCGUUUUCGCGUAAGGAAACUUAUUUGAAUCAUAAGUCAUUGCAUACAGGACAAUCACCGCAUAUAUGUACCGUUUGUGGAAAAAGCUUUACUCGGCGAGCAAUUGUCAAAAAGCACGAAGCCAAACAUUUCGUCCAAGCUCAAUCGAAAACUAUAGCAGCGAUGUACACUUGCAAUUAUUGCGAUAAAAAGUUUACUCGAAAAGAGUAUUUAAAGGCACACAUCGCUAUUCAUACACAAGAGUCUCAACACAAAUGUAAAUAUUGUGACAAAAUGUUCACCAGGAAUGAAUAUUUAUUGAAUCACACUCGUACACAUACUGGAGAGACUCCAUUUAAGUGUGAGCUCUGUUCGAAAGGAUUCAGCAGCAGAAAAGCGCUAAAAACACAUUCCGAUGCACAAUGUCUAUCAAGUUUCGACUGCUCAGUUUGCUCAAAAUCAUUUACCACAAAAUCGUCGGCGACGAAUCAUAUCAAUCGAGCACACUGUACGGAUGGGAAAUUUAAAUGCAUCGAAUGCGGAAAGGGAUUCGCUGUUAAUCAAAACUUAUUACUGCAUAUGGAGAGUCAUAAAGCAUAAAAUAUUACACGCUUCAUGAUACGAAAACAGACGAAAUCACGCGCCGAAAGUUACCGGAAACGAUAGUUUUUUAGUUCUCUCUGAGCAGGCUUUGUAAACAGGUCUAGGAAUAGAAAUGAUGUUUUACUCGCAUACGACCUGUUUUGAGUUGAUAUAUACGAAGGCUGAGCUAACUCUCUCACUCUCUUUUGAUCUUUAUG